AUGUCACGACAAAAGGUAGUUUUGUGUGAAGAUCCACGCAACAAAGAUCGUAAAUGCGUUCCGGAAGAGGACCACAAACGCGGUCAGAUAUAUUGUGUGUAUUGUGGGCGUGUUAUUGACAAAGUUCUCGACGAAGGUCAGGAGUGGAGGUCAUUUGAUGGUGAUAAUUCCCGAAAUCGACUUUUCUACGCCACAGCAGGACAGGACACUGCUUCCAUGUUAAAAGGAUGUGCGUCGACCUCGCAACAAACAAGUGCUCAGAACUCGAAGAUGAAUGAGUUCCGUCGUGAGUUCAAUGACUACUUCCAGAAAAUUUCGCUGUCACAAUCACAAACGGACCACGCAAUGAAAUUUGUACAAGAGCUCUACACUUUACACGCAGCAGAAAUACAUGGGAAGAAUAAGAAGAAGAUCAUCGAAGGGGUUGUGAUGAUGGUUUGCAAAGAAGAGAACUGCGGCUUCUCUUCUGUUGUUAUAGCUAAGCAACUUGGUUGGAUCGACAGCGAGGUCAUGAAGAACUACAAGUGGAUCUCGCGAGUCCUCAAGAAGUCAACUUCAGACAACUUUGAGGCGAUGAUAGAAAAUUAUUGCCGGGAGAUUAAGGUCGGCCAGUUGACCAUUAAGUGCCAGGAAAUAUCCGAGCUUGCGAAAAAGAUAUUAGACGGGAAAAAGCCAGCCACAAUUGCUGCUGUCGCUAUUUGUUACGUCGCAGAGAACCAAGGAAUGCUCAACCAAGACCUCGAGAUGAGAAUAGCCGCAACGUGUGGCGUCAGCGUUGCUAACAUGAAACAGGUUUACAAAAUGCUUGUUGAAAAGAAAGAAACACUUGAUCAGAUCCUUGCCAAAGCGUAA